AUGGGAGGCAGCGGGAAACAAUCAAGCGGGACGGCACCCGGCCACGGGGUUUCUGCGACUUACUUUCGAGCAUAUAAGCCAGACAAUGCCAUAUGGAUCUCCGACGAUGACUCCUCUGAUACAGAAGAUGAGGACGACGUUGAGGAUCAUGAUCUCAACAGGUCGCAAUCAGGCUGCACAACACCUAUGACGGCUAGCGUCGUAGAUCAUUUGAAUAGCAUGUGCACCAAACACAGUGAGACUGAGUCUAAUGCUGCCGUCCGUAUGGGUGCUAUGGCAGUUUUAGCUCCAGCUCGACUGGAGGGUGUCCGAAUCUUGUCACACGAAUCACAGAUGGACUUGUCCAGUGAUCCCGAAUCGAACCAGCAAACCCUCCCCUCGACGACUUGCACACCCACUGGAGACACAGCGGCUGGUGCAGAUACUGACUCUGGCAUCUCGUCAAUUGGCCCCGAAACCCAGUCAUGCCUGGGUGCAUCAGACGGAGAGCUUGUGACCAAAGCUACUGGAGCCAUCAGCGAGCUCGACUUGAUAACCGUUGCUCUCUCUAGCGAAGAGUCCUGUCAGCGAUUACAAAAUGCUCCCGCUACCCCUUCGGAGCUCACAUACGGUCCGAUUGCUGCCACCCCUGAGGUGAUGGGUCAGACGCCGCUACACGAUAGCAAAAUGCGCCCAAGCGCCGAGCGCAAUGAUGCCACUCCUGCGGCCGGCAGUUCAUCUCCUAGACUGAGACUAUUGUCCGAAUCACAACCAGAACAGGACCAAGACCACAAGACCUGCUCGCCCAGCGAUACUGAGCCAGACCUCUUGGAGGCUGAAUCUGGAUCGCUACCCGGAGCUCGAAUGCCUCCUCCGUUCCGUGAGGGGCUCUCUCGGCACUGUUGUCGUCGAACAUCCCCACAUAUACAUAUGACGGUACAAGAUAAGGACAGCGACGAAGAUACGGAAGGCUCUGGUAGUGAAGACGAUCUUGACGUUUAA